GCUCGGUUACCCAGGGGUGUGUGUUUAUGACGGCUUCUGGUCUGAAUGGUUUAAAAGGGCAUCUCCGGAGUACAUCAUCUCAGAGGGAGAGGGAAGAAGCUGUGAUAACAAAGCUCAGAUAAUUCAGAAGAUGUAUUUUUCUAACUUAAAGGACCAUUUCAAAGAUUGUCUCGUGUAAUUUCAGUGAUAUAUGUGGAAUUUCUUUCAAUGUCCCAAAGCAAUAGUGGUACAGAAAAUUGUGUUUCAUUUUUUGGGUUCAAAACAUUGAAAAUAAACAAAAGAAAACAAACAUUCCUUUCCAGAAAAAACACACAAGGCCCUGGGAUACACAACAGAAAUCCCUGUCAACUUUUAUUCUACCAAAUAUAAAAGUCCAAUUGAGUCUGAUCAGAAGAAGGAAUGUGUCAAAUAAAUCAUCAGUGUAUCCACUUGACCUGCUCCUAUCAUGAACGUGCACGUUUUACAAUAAUUAAAUGACGAUUUGUUGAGACACAAACAAAACAUUCCUAUGAUUCAUGUUUACUUUAUUACUCCUCUUUAAAACGCCCUCUCUAACGUUGCCCUCUAGCGCCCGGAGCUUGUACUGACUCUAUCGGCUCGUCAUGGCGGCACAGACCCGGGCUCUGGUGUCCUGUCAGUGGCUGGCAGGUGCUAUCAGAAACAAUUUCGUCGGUCCCAAACUUCGCAUCCUCGACACGUCAUGGCACUUCCCAAGAACCAUGCGCAACCCGAGGGCUGAAUUUGUGCAAAAACACAUCCCGGGCUCAUCGUUCUUUGACUUGGGAGACUGCAGGGACAAGACCUCUGCUUUUGAUCACAUGCUGCCAACUUCCAGCCACUUCUCCCAGUAUGUAGGAGAUCUGGGCAUUGGGAAUGACACGCAUGUAGUAGUGUACGACACCAGUGACUUCGGGUCGUUCUGCGCGCCCCGGGUGUGGUGGAUGUUCCGGUUGUUUGGACACAGGUCGGUAUCGGUUCUGGACGGGGGCUUCAAGAACUGGCUGGCUGAGGACCAUCCGGUGUCUUCUGACUACUCCAAGCCGGAGUUUAGGGAGUUCAAAGCGACCCUGAAUGCGUCGUGGGUGAAGAGCUAUGAAGACAUGCUGGAGAACAUCAGGACCAAGAAGGUGCAGGUUGUGGAUGCCAGGUCGUCAGGUCGAUACAGGGGUCUUGAACCGGAGCCAGGAGACGGCAUACUGCCGGGUCAUUUCCCCAGUACCAUCAACAUGCCGUUCCCUUCCUUCAUGGAUGCCUCGGGGAAGCAGCUGGACACUGAAGGCCUGUCCAAACUGUUCAUCGGGGCGGGGGUGGAUCUGCAGAAGCCGCUCUGGGUUACCUGUGCCUACGGGAUCACGGCCUGCCACAUUGUUCUGGCCGCUGAUGUGCUCGGUUACCCAGGGGUGUGUGUUUAUGACGGCUCCUGGUCUGAAUGGUUUAAAAGGGCAUCUCCGGAGUAUAUCAUCUCAGAGGGAGAGGGGACGAAGGUGUGAUAAGAAGCAAGGCUCUUAGUUUCGCAAGGGAAAGCUGCCAACAGGAGGGAUAGAUAAAGAGUAUUGUACUUUCUACUGAUUCUGGGGACAUAGCACAUGCUGUAUGCAAACAUUCAGCCCGUUAUGAAACUUAAUAAUGAACUAAACUUGUUUCAGGAGCUAAUAAUCUACUCUGCUUAUCCAAUGUAUCUGACUUUCCUUCCUAGGAAAGUUUCAUAUUUUCGAACGGUUUAGAAUAUCUGGAAAUAACAUGACAGUUUUGUUUGUGUCUCAAUGUAUCGUAGUUACAGGACUCUAAAAUGUAUGAUUAUAGGACACUUUUGAUUUUAAUAAGUGCAAUUUCAUGAUGGAAGCAGAUCAAGUUGAUAUAUCGAUGAAUUUUACAAAUGUGAAAAUGAAUGGUGAAGUCCUGGGUUUGUUAUGCUAACUUUGGGUUGAGUGUCCCCUCUUUUUCCAUUUUGAAA